AUGGCGUCGAAUGGGCCCUCUGGAGGGCUUUCUCUCUUCCCCAAUACAACAAGGUCGCCGUCCCGGAAGCCGACACCUCGAGCACGCGCUGCCACUCCUCAAUCGGCAUCUCGAGAGCAGGGCUCCUCUUUUGAAAUGACUCCACCGAGAAAUGGUCGACGUACACCGGAGGACCUCUCGGAGUUCGUGAUCGACGGAACACCAGCGGUGACUAACGGUCCGCAAAUGUUGUCUAAUAAUCCCUAUUAUCAGAACGAGGCGGGUCCGUCAGUAUCGCGACCAGUACCUUUGUCAGAAGUGCCGCCUCGGGCCGGCACCGCGUUCUCUGGGACAAGCACGCUGGUGAGAAGCGACAGUGGACGAUCACGAAGUUCAAUUGCCAAACGUCCCCUCGAAGAACAAUCAGUACCCUAUGUACAGGAACCGGCUAUCCGUUCGAUAUUUCCACAGUACGACCAUUCUCUACCCUUGGACCGUCAGGAGUAUUAUCCUACCCAGACGAGCCCAACUCACAUACCGAGGACCGUCAUUAGCAGACAAUCUCACGUACCUAAUGCUCAGAGCCCACCAGUGCGGAGUCCCGUGAGAAGUCCUCUUAGCGCCGGCUCUACACAAAGAUGGCCUAGACGGCCACAGGAACCCCCUGUUAUACCCCCCGUUAACACGACAGACGAGCUCCGCGACUUUUGGAAAGUAGCAAAUGGAUGGAAGGCCUCUGCGGCGGAAGGGCGAACGUUUUGUUUGAAGUUGAUACCCGAAAAAGAUACCCCGAUUUACAACCUCACUUCAUCUUCCACGCAACCAUUCUACCAUAUGCGAAUAGACCCAACGUCGGCAAGCGCAUAUGUAACAUUAAGCCGGCAUGACCCAAGUAAGCCUUAUAAGGGAAAGGAACCGAACGCAAGUCCGAGGUCGUCCGGUGGCAUCCUAGGAGCGCUUCGGGAACCUGAAUCGAAAGCAUGGCAAGAAGCUCUAGUUACCACACUGGAAGAACCGUCACGCCGUCUACCACCUAAUGACGGUUUAGUCUCCCUGUUGUAUCCCAGCGGUGCAACAAAAGUAGCACUCGAGAGACCGGACGAUAUGCAGGCUGUGAUGGCUGCCGAACGAGAGUGUGCAAGGCUGGUCUGGGACGAAGAUAGCCAAAACUACUUCUUGGUGCAUCCGGCCCUGGCGACGCCCUUCUGCAUUACUAUAGACCGGAACCCGGCAUGGAGCCGCACCGAGUACACGGUUGAACACAUCGAGUCGCCGCAUCACAUCGCGAAGCUUACGCGGGACGGAACAGGCGAGGGCUGGAUGGAGCUCGACACGCUUAUAGCAGGACGUAUCGAUAGCUUUUACAUCCUGGACGUGGCUGUAUGCGCGCUCCUCCUCGUCGCCAAUAUCGACGAAAAGAACGUCCUCGUCGAGCACUUCGAACCGCCCCCACCAGCGCAUCUGCGGAGCUCGAGCUCUAACCCCGAUUUCCGCAGGAGCAGCAGCGGGCUUAGCGCCAAGAUACUCGGGAAGAAGGGGAGCAAGAAGCGCGGGCGUCUCGAAGAGCUAGAGCUAGAUCUCGAAAGCCAGGCUAGUAGUCUAGGCGGCAAGCUGAAUAUCAAAGACAAGGACAAGGAGCAACUCCCGGGGACUGCGCGAACGAUUGUCAAGCUGCUCAGCUUUGGGUUCAAAUGCGUUAUUUGGGCCCUUACGUUGGCGUUUAAGGCGCUUAUGGCUCUCAUAGUAGGCCUGAGUAAGUGUCUAACGAGCGAAAAGCUUUAA